GCACGCACGUGUCUAAAUGCAUUGCGUACUGGUAUACAGUCAUCUGGGAACAUUGGAGUAAGUAGGGGAGUAACAAUGUGAUUAUCAGUGUAGUGCUUCGUGACCACUUCAGGAGGAUAUAACGCUGGGUUAUCUGGACAAAAGUCCACUUUGUGACUGAGGUAUUGUCAGCGACAGUGGAGACCGAUCGCUAUAACAGCCAUUCUGUUCUGGACGGUGUCACAGAUUACACAAAGCAGCUGCAGAGACCUCGAGCUGGGAGGACGUCCGCUCCACUUUACAAACUUUAGGUUGGUUACUACGGAGCCAUACACUGUUCUUGUCCAGAGAUAUCAUCUGAACUAACGAUGUUCCGAGCACCAUAUCUGCCGAACGGGGAUGUCCCGGGCCAAGGGGUCGAUAACCGUUCAUAUUGUGACAGCGACAUGACGUACGAUGAGAGUAACCAUGGACUGGAUGAUACGUUUGAUGAAGAUGCGGAGGAGGGAGAGGAGGACCGAGUCAGCCAUGAUGACCUCGAGGAGGAGGAUCAUGAGACGUCUCAAAUGAACUGGGAUGUGUUCCGGGUAGUGCCCCGGAAGGAAGAACAUGUACGCAAUCUCCGUUUCUGGAACCGCGUGUAUGUGGGUGUCCGAAUCACAUUAUGCGGUGUUAUUUUCCUCUUUGUCCUGGGUACUGGGACAUUCACCAAGCUCUGCUUCCUCCUCAUUGCCUACAACAUGAACUACCACCACGCCGCCGGGGGAGACGCCCUGUCAGGUGCAGCAGAGGACGUGACUGUCAGAGUAGCGUGGAUUUGGUCGAUGCUAAUCCUUAUCACAGCGCCUUAUGUCUUCACCAUUUUGAGAAAUAUUUUCAGAGUCAUCUUCAAGAAGCAGAAGCAGCUGCAGAUAAUUCCCUUCCUUGUGGUCAUGCUGUUUGAGACCUGUCACACUCUCGGUCUGUGCAUAUUCGUGUUCUUGGUUGCUCCAACCUUCGAUCCUGUCAUGGUCUUACUGUUGUGUCAGGGAGUGGGGUUCGUGCCCGCAUUCAACAAAAUAUUUUGGACUCGAAAAGAAAAUGCAAACAAAGAAAAUAGCCACGAAGCAUUUGCGUCUCCAUUUUGGAGGUCAGUAUCUGUAAUAACUUUUAUACUUCAAGGAGUUUUCAUAGGUGUGUCAACUUGGAAGGGAUAUGUCAAAACAGCUAGACCUUCCGCGACGGUAAUUUUGCUACCGUUGUCUCUUGUUCUGAUUUCAAUGCGAUGGUGGGACAACUUCAUACAGAGAAAGAAGUCAGUCACCCCCAAAUCUGAAAAACAGAAAGUAGUUACUCGAUUCGACAAACCACAAUCCUUUACGGAUUUACUCAAACGCAUCGACACAAACAGAGUUAAAAUAGAUCUGUUGGUUUCAGUGUGGAAAAUAGUUUUAACGUGUAUAAUUCUAGUUAUAUUGUUCGGUUCAAGUGGAGGAGAGUGUUGGGACACGUUAAUGUUUGAGAGCAAAAGCGGAGUGGGAUGUGGCGUGAUCCCUGGCUUAAAAAAUCUGACGCUUGUCAACCAGUUCAGCACAGACUGUGGAUACUACACCCCCUACAUUGUAGCUGCUUCGUCCGUAAUACUGAGUGGAAUUGGAUACAAAAUGGCCAAGUCAGCAUGCAAGAUCCGAUCUCAGUUGUGGUGUUUCUCCCUUCCACUGGCCCUGUGUACGCCGCUAUCCUGUGUGGUGCUGCUGGCUACGAUAUCUUCAACCUCCAUUGAAAACAUAGGCUGCGACCUUGCUUGGAUAUCUUCACACAACCAGUUAUUCAAAAUCCUUAAGCAAGACACUGAAAGCUAUUAUUUUCCAAUCAUUUGUGGCGGUUUCCUGUCGAUUUUGCUGGUGUGUGCUCAUAUAUGGGUUCCCAAGGCAGGCAGAGUUGCGGCAACUGACAAAUUGUUCAACCGCCCUCUUUAUUGUGGUGCCUUCUUCGAUACCUCGCUGAUGAUGAACAGGAGGUCUGAUGACAACAUCAACAUCCAAAAGAACGAUUCAAGGACCGAAAAGAUAUACCUGAGCAAUACACCGGAGCAGAAUCUGUACCGGGAAAGCAGCAGAAUCCCGUUUGUGUACAUCUGCGUCACCAUGUGGCAUGAAACGAAGGUUGAGAUGCUGCAACUCCUCAAGUCGAUACUCAAAAUGGAUCUCGACAACGCAUCACGUGCGCAUGUUCAGCAACUAUUUGGUGAACCGGAUACUGAUUUUUACAAUAUGGAAGCUCAUAUCAUUUUUGACAAUGCAUUCGGCAACCAAAGUAAUGGCGAAGACAAAUAUUUGGUGAACACGUGGGUGAAGGAUUUUGUCAGCUGCAUCAAUCAGGCAGUGAGUCAAGUGUACCCAUCUAUGGCAAGCCUGAGUUCCCCUGUGAUAAUCCCAACCCCGUAUGGAGGACGCAUGGUGUUCACAUUGCCCGGUGGAAACGAACUUAUUGUCCACCUCAAGCACAAAGACAAGAUUAGGAUCAAGAAGAGAUGGAGUCAGGUGAUGUACAUGUACUACCUGUUGUCACACAAGAUGGUGUGUAAGCCAGGAAUGUCAGGGAAAGUCUUGUCCAGAAUGUCCCGCAACACAUUCAUCCUGACCCUGGACGGCGACGUGGACUUCCAGCCAUCAGCAGUGCAGAUGUUACUGGACAGGAUGAAGAAGGAUUCUCGCGUAGGAGCUGCCUGCGGUCGCAUUCAUCCUAUUGGCUCAGGUCCGAUGAUAUGGUACCAGAAGUUCGAGUAUGCCAUGAGUCACUGGUUGCAGAAGGCUGCGGAGCAUGUGAUUGGUUGUGUUCUCUGCAGUCCUGGAUGCUUCAGCAUGUUCCGGGCAUCUGCUCUCAUGGAGGACAAUGUCCUUCGCAAAUAUGCAGAACUGUCCGCGGAACCAAGGCAUCAUGUGCAGCAUGACCAAGGUGAGGACCGCUGGCUGUGCACACUGAUUCUACAACAAGGUUCCAGAAUAGAAUACGUUGCAGCAGCUGAUGCAAAAACCUACGCGCCUGAAGGUUUCAGGGAAUUCUACAAUCAGCGACGCCGAUGGACUCCUUCUACAAUGGCUAAUGUACUCGAUGUUCUACAGUCAGCAGGUGAAGCAAGAAGGAAGAAUAACGAUAUAUCCUUUCUCUAUAUAAUGUACCAAGGACUACUCUUCGUUUCAUCCGUGUUGACCCCUGGAACAAUAUUUCUCAUAAUAUUCAGUGCCAUUAACACAGCCUAUCCCGAACUGCCGCUGUAUGCAGCCAUGAUACUCAACCUCGUCCCUGUGGUCAUCUUCGUCGUCCUACUGUUUACAGCAAAGGACGACAUUCAGAUUGCAUACGCUGGCAUCCUCUCUAUUGUGUACGCACUGGUGAUGACAAUCGUCCUGGUUGGACUCUUUAAGCAGGUAGUUGAGAGUAACUUCUGCUCAAUGACUGCAGGAUUUUUCUUGUUUGUGGUUGGAGUCUUCCUACUGUCAGCAAUGCUCCAUCCACAGGAGUUUAUCACUGUUGUCUACGGUUUCUUCUACUUCCUAGCUAUUCCGUGUAUGUCCAUGCUACUUAUGUUCUACUCCUUUGGGAACCUCAAUGUAGUGUCCUGGGGUACAAGGGAGACAGCAGGCAAGAGUGUUUCGGAGAAUGUUGCCGAUGUGCCACAACACAAGAUGAAGAAUAAAUCAGCCCUGCAUGGCAUACUCAAUAAAAUGAAAGGUUCUGCAGAUGAUUCCGACUCGGACUAUGUGUUCUCCUUUGGAAACAUGUUGCGGUGCAUUUGUUGCCCACGGCCGGUGUUGAGAGACCAGACCGCAAAGAUCGAGUUACUUAUUGGGAAAAUGGAGGACAUGGAAUAUGCAUUGAAGCACAAAGAUGAUGGUGAUGAUGCUUCUUAUGAUGGCAGGCCAACUGCGUCAAAUGAGGAAGGCACGCCAUUUUCACAUGUGCCCAUGAUGUUCGAUGGAGGAAUGCGCAGCAAUCCCAUGUUUGAAGCUGAUCCUGAACUGAUGCCAGCGGAAGAUGAUGAAUUUGGUGACCCUCGAUGGAUCAGUGACAAAGCACUUGGUGAAACGUACAUUGAAGAAUUAUCAGAAGAAGAGACUAAUUUCUGGAAUGAAUUGAUCACACAACACCUCAAACCUCUACAUUUGUCGGACAAACAAAAAGAUGAGGUUGCCCAGGGACUAACGCAUUUGCGCAACACAGUGUGCACAUUCUUCUUCCUUUCCAAUGUUUUGUUUGUCACGAUGAUGUUUAUCUUGGAGAGUGUGUCAGAGUAUACUCCGAGCCUUGUCUUUAAACUACCAUGUGACACCGGGGAUCAUGGAGCAACACGGGAGCCUGUUGCCAUUGCCUUUACUCUCAUCUUUGGCAUUUUGCUGUUUAUUCAGUUCAUCUGUAUGUUAUUCCAUCGCUGGUCUACUCUUCUCGCUAUAGCCUCAAUAACAGAAUUUCACUUCAAGUCUGAGAAAACUAUGGCACAUGAGAGAGAAAAUACCAUGUCCGCUGUUGAAGAGAUGUAUGUGAGAAACAGUCUAAAGGAAGAUGAUAACAGGAGUGUACUGUCAGAAUAUUCCGAUGUCACUACUCGUGGGGAAACAAUUAGCAGGCGCCACAGAGAUAAUUUGAUGGCACGCUUCCUACGGGAUGCUUCACAGAAGAGGCAAGAACAACCGAAUAGCCUGAAUGCAAUAUUCACCGCCCAUAUGAAGAAGAUAUCAGAAAAUGAGGAAGUAAUUAAAGACGGUGUUGAUGAAACAAAGGGAGCUGUAUCGGAAAGUGUCAAACGAAUAUUCCCAUCAGUGUCCAAUCAGUCAUUGUUUACCAUAGCAAAUAUGGUAAAGAACGACAAACAGAAAGAAAGAAUAAAGACAAUGGCAACGAAGAACUGGGAAAAUGCUUUUAAACGAAUAAAAACUCCUAAACUUUUGGAUAUUGUGAAUCAAGCCAAGCGACAAGACGAAACAGAACCCAAGGUGAGGUUUGCUCAAGAACAAUCCAAGGGAAAUGAUAGGGCCUCAAUUGUUGAAGAAAUAGCAAGGCCACUGAAAGUAAGUCCAAGCGAGGAUGACAAAGCUCCUCGAGCCUCGGGGUGGCAGACUCUGAAGACAAGUCGUCUACUGAGGAAACCUGAAAAACCUGAGGAAAUGCAAGUCUUGGGCAAAGAGACAGGGGAGGGAGAAUCCUUUCUCACUGACUCCAGCACUGACCGGAUUGGUUUUAGGGACUCUCAUAUUGCUGCUGCGAAUGAGAAAACGGAUCUAUAACCUUCAGUCAGUACUACAGAUAUUGUUGCAUUCCACAUUUUGACAGUACCUUUAUGCGGACGCCUAAUACUUCAUUUCGCUUGGCAUAAAGAGGACAAGUUAAUAUUAUGCAUUAGUUCCACUUUUCGUUUUCACUCUUAUGGCAAAAUAAUGUUUUUCAUGGGCAGUGCCCUUUACGAUUUAUGUCUAAUGUGAAAUGCUCAACAUGUUCCAUACAACCAAGAGGUAGUCGGGUAGCAGUGUGAUUAAAGCGUUUGCUCAUCACGCCGAAGACCCGGGUUCGUUCCCCGACAUGGGUACAAUAUGUGAAGCCCAUUGCUGGUGUCCCCCGCCGUGAUAUUGCUGGAAUAUUGCUAAAAGCGGCGUAAAAUCAUACUCGCUCACUCGCCAUUCAACCAUGAAUUUGAAAAGUGCAAUUCUAAUUGAUCGAUCUCCUGUUUCAAAUUCUUCUGAUAAAAGCAGCCAAUUCCUGCUGAGUAGGAGGAACUUCCCAGGAAGACUGCACUGUAUCUUUGUGUUUUAGCAGAACCAUUUCAUUCUGUCAAAGGAUGUCAUACCUUUUAUCAUUUAGAAAUUUAAGUUUAAUUCGUUUUUAAUAGAAUAUUGUUGUUUAUGUUCAAUAAUAGUCUACUAUGUCUUUGCCUACCUUUUAACCAUCCAUUAGUCAGAUUUAGUAUUUUUUAAUCGGCGCCUGUUUAACUGGCUUACAUUAUAAUUACAUCUGCAUGUCAACUUUGUGAAACAAUCAAACUUCAGGUGGAAAGAUUGAGUUGGAAACAACGAGCACAACUGUGUAUGUGUGAUUUAGCACAGAUACUCUGCUUAUUGUCAAUUUGUAUAAAAGUGUAUUAAAUACUCCGUGAGGUC